ACCGAUAGCCUAUCGGAGCACACAGAUGACAGAUGGCCUCUCGGACACACGUGCAGCGUGUCAGAAUACUGUACAAGACGAUUUUAAGGUUACAUCGCGGCUUACCGGCCGAGAUUCAGCCCUUAGGCAAUAAUUAUGUUCGCGACGAGUUUAAGAGGCACAAAAACUGCGUGGAGAGCGAGGCGAUUAUAUUCCUCCACGAAUGGACGGAUUACGCGGUCUCUCUCGCUAAACAGCUCGGCUUAAGGGGUCCUCACACGGGACAACCGCUGGGGAAAUGUUUGAAGGAGGAGCACCUCGAGAUGCUGCGGGACGAGCAAGUGUGCCAGUUGUACGAAUUAAUGAUCGCGGCUACAGGGAAGACGGAGGACAAAUCGAAAGAUAAGACGUAGUUACGCGCGAAACUGAAAACUGUGUUUACUCAAAGAUCUUGAGAACAGAAUUAAACAAAGUACUUAAAGCCUUAGAAUAAUAUGAUCGUAUUAUGUAAUAUGUGUAAAUAAAGAUGUACUAGAAAGUGA